AUGGGAACUUCAACGUUUAUGGGGCUCUAUGUGCCAAACUGGACUGGCCUGACAAUUUCAGCUUUUGUUAUAGGCAUUAUUCUCUCAUUGAGCGCAGCUUUUCAACCAGAGACAACGCCUUACUCUAAAUUCGGAAAUCGCAAAGUAGACAACAUACCUAGCAGAAGAGCCAUGCUCGUCAUUUAUGUCCCUAGUGUCAUUGCAUGCCUACUUAUUCAACGGCCCUCUUUGGAUUGGGCAAAUAAUCAAUUCAACAUCAUUCAUUUCUUAAGCUUGGCCCAUUUCGUCAAGCGAGUUUUGGAGGUGUUGUUUAUUCACAUUUACAAGAGUAAUACCAACGCUGAAGCCAUGCUAUCUGUCAUGUCAGCCUACACCCUGACAACCACUUUGGAUCUACUUGUCGUACGUCGUAUCCCGGAAAGCGCUUUCUGUAGCACAUUGACUUAUAUUGGUGUUGCAUUUGUCGUUAUUGGAGAGAUGCUAAAUGGAUACCAUCACUAUUGCUUGAGAGAAAUGCGCUUGUCUCAAACAAAUCAAAAGAAGGGUACUUACAGUCUCCCCAGAGGCGCCUUGUUUGAUUAUGCCAUCGCUCCUCAUUAUGCCGCUGAACAGCUUACCUUCUUGGGCCUCAUCUUGAUCAGUCAAAACGUCGUUUCUCUUGCCGUCAAAUUCUUCCCUUUUAUUUAUCUGACAGUGAGAGCCAAAGAAACUCGCAUCUGGUACUCAACCCAUCUUACUGAAAGCAAAAAUAAACAAGAAUUAUCAAAGCGCAAAAAUCUGAUUCCUUUUGUAUGGUAG